AUGUAUGUCAAUAAUCCAAACUGGAACACCGGGUCCUGUCCCGGGAAGCUUCAGAACACCGCGGACCCGACGGAGAAGCAACAGGGAGGCCCCAGACCCACCCAGGCCAAGGAAGAUGGCCGCAACAAACGCAUGCCAAACCUGGAUCGCUACGCCAACCUGAGCGACGCCACGAUUGGCCGACCACGCCAUGUGGACGACAUGGACCGUUAUGGAGCGGUCCGUUCUCCAAACGAGAUGGCGAGGUACACGGAAUUCCACAGGAAACCUAAUCUGGACCGCUACUCCAGCUUCAGCACGGUUCACACACUGCGAGACCGCACCGGGAAGUCCGAUGUAUUUUCGUCCACGGGAUGGGACCAUACCGGCGAACCUCUUGGAACGACGAUCGCGACGCAGACUGUCGAUGCAGCCAGCGAGAUAGUGAAGCUCGAUCUAUUCAAGAAAGGGGAGAUAUACAAGAUGAACACUCCUCUGGAAAAGACGCGACGACUCAGCGAGCCAUUGAGAGCCGUCCCUCUCGAGAAGAAAGGCUUCAAGGUAAAGCAUGGGGGUAAAGAGGAUCCUCCUAGUUCUUCCGGAGACAUGAUGGCUCGUUACAUGUUGCCGAAGGAAGGGGGCGUGUUUCCAGCUCAAAGCACGGGCGGUCCCACGAACUCUACCCCGACCAGGGCUCCCACUGUUUACGCCUUACCGAAGCAUCAAGACGGAGCAGAAGUUCGACACGCAUCUUCGCCUCCCUCGCCAAACAACGUUGUUUUGCCCUUUCCACCUCAGCAUCAACGACAGCCCGUCGGUCUAAAACCCCACUGUCCGACCCAGGCUGUUAACAGAGCCACUAAGAUACCCGCCGGAUCUUGCGGUAACUACGCGCUACAAGUAGUACGGACUCCUGAACAGCAAGCACGUGCGCUGUCACAAACACCAGCCAUGUUUGUCGCAGAGCAUGACGGAAGCAUUCGCGCAGCCGCAGUGAAAGAUACGGUGCUCAGUUCUUUCGUGGCAAUGGAACAUACACAGAGCCCCUUCGUGUCGGGUCAACCGAAACGUCACGAACUUCCGUAUUACUAUGACAAUAUCUACUCCGCAUUGUACGACAACGCCCUUGUUAAGUUCCAAGUUCCCACGAAAAAAAAACCCAUAUCCCGUUCUCCUCGCCCACCCGCAGCGCGGUAUACAGCACAACGACAACCAGCUUCGUCGCAGCCCCCAGUUGCAAUGCGUUACUGCCAACAACUUCGACCGAACGCGAUACGUACGGGGGCUCCAUACCCUCUACCGGCGAUGACACGUCCUGGGCACUACCCACUGAAGCGAAUUACUGCGCCUCUCACGCAUCAAGCAAAAACAGAGCCGAACCUGGCGUUGUGCCCGCCUGAGGAGAAAGCUCAACAGCCCCAGGUGCACGUCAUGACCAUGACACACGAGAGCGCAAAGCGGGCUGAGAGAGACGUCGGGAACGACGAACCAACUACCGUGGUGGUUGCACCAGUACACGACACGCAAGUAGGCUGCGACAAACCGGUACAGGAUAAGGCGGUACCGGAGACUGGGGACUUGCGCAAGGACAAACAAGCAACAACUGGCGCGAUUCCCCUACCCCCAAACGUUGGACUUAAGGCUGUGAUUAUGGUAGAAGGAGGUACACAGACAAUUGAAGCAGUCGAACCACCACCACCUCCUCCUCCUCCUCCUCCUUUUCCUCCUCCUCCCCAUGAACCCGAGAAAGACGCCACUAAAUCGUUUGACGUAGGAGAAGAGUUGAAAGAGAGCGAAAUCACUGGGAGCCACAAAGAAGCCGGGAAGGACAAGAAAACCUGCAGCGCUACGCAAGUCACAAUGUCGACUACGCCUUUUACGAGCGAAAACUCCACAGAGUCUUCUUCCGACUCUUACACCAGCACCCAGGACACUGAAACCACUUCCACGUCUACUGCUACCAUAAAGCCUCCUAGUCCGACGACAACAGUUCUCGCUCCCCCAGUGGAAGAAGUACACGCCGAACCCUUCCCAGUGAAAGACUACGAUACCAAACUUAAAAGACUACCAACAACCGCGAGUCACGCCAAGCCUUGCUUUAGAGAGCGGUCCCUUAGAAAAUCGCCCUUUUAUAGCCACCGCGAUCUCUCGCUGAGGAUGUUGGACACGAACGUCCCUAGUCCGACCAGUCUAAGAGACGUGGCCGCUUCUCCGCCUCCUCCAAUCUUGGUCAACACCCCGGAGGUAGACCUGCCUCCUUCGCGUGUGCCAACGCCGUCUCCACCGAUCGUGCGGCACAUAUUCUUCAGUUCCCCUUUCCAGAAGUCUCAUUCCAAGAGACGCCGGUCGAAGCCAUCGAGGUUCAACGCGGAGGACUCUCUCAAUUACUCCGAAGAAGCGUCCAUGAUACUGCCGUCUACGGCAGACACUCAGAAGCCACAGGCCGUCCCUUUUGAGAGCACUGGCACGAUGCACCUGUGCUUUGCCAUCAACCUGGUACUCGUCAGUGCACUACUCGGGAUAGCGAUCGCGUAUUUUUUUGGCACCGACUCUUUGAGGAAAGGCGGCGUGACGGGCUCCGAGUAG